AUGGAGGACGAAGAAGACUUAAUAAGUUGUGUUGGUUGCAUGAGUUCAAAUGAUUUAUGCGACCUAUUUGCUAUAUACUCAAACAACGAUGAAACUUACGCACAAAUGUUUGAGUCCUGCUUUGAAUUGAAGAUCUCCAAUGAAUUUAAAUACAUAUGUGCCAAAUGUGUUGGGACCUUAGAGAAGGCUCUAUUUUUCAAGACUCAAAGUAUAAAAAAUAUAAAAGUGUUACAGAGUAUUAAAAAGGAGGAAUAUCUUGAUGAAACUAUACUUGAUGAAGAAGCAGACAUGUCAAGAAACUGUUGCAACUCAGAUUUCAAAUCUGAUGGUGACCUUGAUGAUGUGGAAAUAGAAGCUUUAGAUGAGACAACUUGCAUUUAUUGCAAUUUGGAAUUGUCAACCCCUGAGGAAAUCCAACACCAUGUAAGACUUGUUCACGGCUUGGAACCUAGAACUGGCAAGCAAGUGCGAGACUGCAAUAUAUGUGGCACAUCCUUCAGGGAUUUGCAGGAUCACAUUAAUAGGUGUCACAAUGGCAUAUCUGACAAUGAGAAACGACAGUUUGCUUGUUAUUUCUGCGAUAAUGUGUAUAGCAGCAAGAAGGCAUGCUUUACACACCUGAGGAUGAAGCAUGGAUUGAAACUUUGCAAUGAUCACUCGCCAAAGUAUUCGUCGCGCGAUCGCAAGGAAUGUCACAUUUGUGGCCGAGAUUUUAGCCAGAAGCAAAUACUGAAUAAUCAUCUCCUGAAGGCACACGGUUUCAAGGUAGAAAAACGAAAAGCUUUCUCCUGCCCUCUUUGCCCUGAGCGAGUAAGCUACGGCUCUCACUUCAGUACCCAUUUACAGCAGAAGCACAAUAUAUCUGAACAGGUGGAACACCUCGAGUUUAGCUCGGUGGAUGACUUUAUGCUAUACAAAAGCGCUAUACAGGAAGAGACUAAAUAUCGUUUUCGUAAAACUACAGCAAGCAAACAAACUAUAGAGGGUGUCCGUUCACACUAUAUGUGUAGUCAAUCUGGAAUGUAUGUGUAUCAGGGUAAGGGUAAGCGGCCGGCUCCAGAGAGACAAAUAUACAAAACGGGUAAAGCUUGCCCAGCUCACAUGAUUAUUACGGAGACGAUGGAUAAGGUUCUCGUAACCUUCUACAAGACGCACGUUGGACAUGGACCAUGUCCUUACUACGAGCCGCGGGAACCGAAACGCGCCAGAACCAGAAACUCUCCCGCACCUUUCGAGGACAAUGACGGCCUUAACGAGAACGAAUCACUAAUUUGUGACACAUGCGGCACCAAAAUGGAUUCGGCCGAACACUUACACAGACAUGUCACCGCUCACGGGCUACAGUUGUACCCCUGUGAAUACUGCCACGAGUUAUUCCAAGACUCAGCAGCAUGGACCCAGCACGUACAACUGGAGCACAACGUCCAAGUUUUAUAUUAA